AUGUUCAUUCCAAACGUUCCUGUCAUAGCAACUCAUUUAGGUAAAUGGGUUCGCAUUAGUCCUCAUAAUUUGAAAGACAUGCAAUUCAGACUUGUUGACUUUCAAGGAGAGCCUGUAGAACUGAAGGCACCAGUGCGAAUGACUGUUGAAGUUGACUUUUUAGAAAAUAUUAAAUGCAACAGCUUACAAGAGAACUCAGAGCUAAAAUAUAAAGUAUGA